AUGGUUGUUUAUAGCUUUUACAUAUUCGAUCGGCAUACGGAAUGCAUCUAUUCUCGACUCUGGGCCAGGCAGGACCGUCCAGUCUCCUCGGGAGGUACAUCAACACGGCCAAUCUCGGACUCCAGCGUAGCAAGCAACGGCAUUGCCCCCGACCUUGGUCCUGCGAGGGCUCGUCCAGCUCGACUGAGCGCGCAAGACGAUGCAAAGCUCAUUUUCGGGACAAUAUUCUCUUUGCGAAAUAUGGUGCGGAAGCUUGGUGGGCCAGAAGACAGUUUCAUUUCCUUCCGGACGGGCCAAUAUAAGCUUCACUACUACGAGACUCCUACUAGUAUCAAGUUCGUGAUGCUCACCGAUACACAAACACUCAACAUGCGGAAUGUACUGCACCAGAUAUAUGUCAAUCUUUACGUGGAGUUUGUUGUUAAGAACCCGUUAUCCCCUGUGGAACAUCCUGGUGGAGAGGGGGUUGCGAACGAGCUUUUUGAAUUAGCCCUUGACCAAUUUGUCAAGGGAGUCCUUUAG